CAGGUGACCCUGGAAAUGAAUCUAUGCUGGAAUGAGAUUAAGAAGAAAUCACACAGCCUUCGGGCUCGCCUAGAGGCCUUCUCAGAUCACAGCGGCAAGCUGCAGAUUCCUUUGCAGGAGAUCAUUGACUGGCUUAGCCAAAAGGAUGAGGAGAUUUCUGCCCAGCUACCACUCCGUGGGGACGUUCUCCUGGUACAGCAGGAAAAAGAGAGGCAUACGGCCUUCAUGGAAGAAGUGAAGUCUCGGGGACCGUACAUUUAUUCCGUUUUGGAAUCGGCUCAAGUUUUCCUAACUCAGCACCCAUUUGAAGAAGUGGAAGAUGUAAAUCUUGACAGCAAAGAUGUCUCCCCAAGACACCGGAUCCAGAAUAUCAGCCGUUUUGUCUGGAAACAGGCAACGGUGGCCAGCGAACUGUGGGAGAAGCUGACUGCCCGCUGUGUCGACCAGCACCGUCACAUUGAGAGGACCCUAGAGCAGCUGCUGGAGAUCAAAGCGACCAUGGAGGAACUCAGCACCACCCUCAACCAAGCUGAAAGUGUGCAAGAGACAUGGGAACCCAUUGGAGAUCUCUUCAUCGAUUCUUUGCCAGAGCACAUCCAGGCUACCAAGUUGUUCCAAGAGGAGCUCUCCCCCAUGAAAGACGGGGUGAAACUUGUGAAUGACCUUGCACACCAGCUGGCCAUCUCUGAUGUCCAUCUCUCCAUGGAGAACUCCCGUGCUCUAGAACACAUCAACACACGCUGGAAACAGCUGCAGGUCUCCAUCAAUGAUCGUCUGAAGCACCUUCAAGAUGCCCACCGGGACUUUGGGCCAGGAUCUCAACACUUCCUCUCGACCUCAGUCCAGGUCCCCUGGGAACGAGCCAUUUCUCCCAAUAAAGUCCCUUACUACAUCAACCACCAAGCCCAGACUACCUGUUGGGACCAUCCAAAGAUGACUGAAUUAUACCAAACGCUGGCCGACUUAAACAAUAUCAAGUAUUCUGCUUACCGUACGGCCAUGAAGCUACGCCGGGUGCAGAAGGCUUUGAGACUGGAUAUGGUGAUGCUGUCCACAGCCUUGGAGGUGUUUAAUGAACAUGAGCUCCAGCCCAGUGACCACGUGAUGGACGUGGUGGAAGUGAUCCAUUGCUUGACCGCUCUGUAUGAGCGGCUCGAGGAGGAAAGAGGCAUUCUGGUCAACGUCCCUCUCUGUGUGGACAUGAGCCUGAAUUGGCUGCUGAACGUUUUUGACAGUGGGCGCAGCGGAAAGAUGCGGGCCUUUUCCUUCAAGACGGGCAUUGCGUGCCUCUGCGGCACGGAGGUGAAGGAGAAAUUCCAGUACCUCUUUAGCCAGGUGGCCAACUCCAGUGGGCUCUGCGACCAGAGGCACCUGGGCAUCUUGCUCCACGAAGCCAUCCAAGUCCCGCGGCAGCUGGGGGAAGUGGCGGCCUUCGGCGGGAGCAACGUGGAGCCCAGUGUCCGCAGCUGUUUCCGCUUUGGAAAUGGCAAAGCAUCCAUUGAGGCAGCUCAAUUCCUGGAAUGGGCAAACUUAGAGCCACAGUCAAUGGUGUGGUUGGCCGUCCUUCACCGAGUAGCCAUUGCUGAGCAAGUAAAACACCAGACUAAGUGCUCCAUCUGCAGGCAGUGUCCCAUCAAAGGUUUCAGAUACCGCAGCCUCAAGCAGUUCAAUGUGGACAUCUGCCAGGCUUGUUUCUUGACGGGACGAGCCAGCAAAGGGAACAAGCUGCAUUAUCCCAUCAUGGAAUACUAUACGAUGACCACCUCCAGCGAGAACAUGAGGGAUUUUGCUACCACCUUGAAAAACAAGUUCCGUUCCAAGCAGUACUUCAGCAAGCACCCCCAGAGAGGCUACCUGCCAGUCCAAUCUGUGCUGGAGGCAGAUGUCGCUGAAACGCCAGCCUCUUCGCCGAUGUUACCACAUGCUGACACCCAUUCUCGGAUUGAGCACUUUGCUAGCAGGCUUGCUGAGAUGGAAAGCCAGACUUCUUCUUUCUACAAUGACAACCUUUCUCCAGAUGAUAGCUUGGAUGAAGAUCAAUAUCUUUUGCGCCAUUCCAGCCCUGUCACCGACGGAGAACCUAUCUCCAGCCAAGAGGCCCAGGAUGGCACCAGGACAGAUGAUAAAGGAGAACUGGAAAGAAUUUUGGCCCACCUGGAGGAUGAAAACAGGAUCCUUCAGGGAGAGCUGAGACGUCUGAAGUGGAAGCACGAAGAGGCAGCCGAGUCCACCCAAGGAGCUCCUGAAACGGCCCAGGAUCCCCCCAGUGAAGAGCUCUUGGCCGAAGCCCGCAUUCUUCGACAGCACAAGAGCCGCCUGGAGACCCGGAUGCAAAUAUUGGAGGACCAUAACAAGCAGUUAGAAUCUCAGCUGCAGCGCCUGAGGGAGCUUCUCCUUCAGCCCCCAGCCAAUUCCAAAGAAGAAGGCUCUGCCACUUCCACCGUGGCUUCUUCUCCUCAACCAUCCGAAGAGAGUCAACCUAGGGAAAAAGAUGCAAGCACUCCAAACACAGAAAUGGCAGAUGAAGUAGAGGCGAAGUCCCAAGAUGUCAGCCUGUGUCUAGAAGAUAUCAUGGAGAAAUUACGGAAUGCUUUCCCCAACACUGGAGGACAAAGAUCUAAGCCCUUGGCCUUGUUGAAGAAGUCCCUCAAGUUCUCCUAGAGACUUGGAAUUGACAGCUGCUGGUCCAACCUCCCUAAUCUAACACCUCCUGAAGCCUACAGACUUUAUCUAACCAGUUCUUUGCCAACUGCUAUUCUCCUUUCUCUUCCCUUCUGUCUUUCCCUCAUGCGGUGGGUUUCACCCACGUCCCCAAAGGAGAGUUAUCCAGGAUCUGUGCAAGCUUUGACUCUCUGGAGACCUCUGCUUAGAGAUUUCAGGGGACUUGCCAAAGAAUGAGUGAUCUAGGAUCAGCAAAAUAAAGCCAGAAUCUGGUGCCCAAAAGAGGACCGGGUUCGAGGAACUGUGAAAGGGCCCAUGGAAAGCAAGGGGACAAAUCUUUCCCAGCAAAACACAAACAGGGGUGUGUUCUCUUUUACGGUCCGUGAAUUGUUGCCUUUUGUGAGAUCAGCUGUGGUAGCUGAGGUGACCCACCGAGGAUUUGGCUUAAGCCCGUGUGGUCAAGUCGUGGCUUAAGGCGGCAGAAGCCACUUUCGUUAAGAACCGAUUGACAGAUAUUUCAAACAAACAAA